AUGCCUCCUAAAUCCAGGCAGGCGUCCCAAAAACAAACAGGUGGAUCCAACGCCUCGGGGGCGGGCUCGCAAGUGCCAACAAAAUCCAAGUCUGGAACUCAACAGCAGUCUGCAGAAUCAAACCCAGCACAGUGGCCAGAUGCAAACGCAUUCUUACCGCCUACUUUGGCCUCUCUCAGGAGGGACUGGCGCUGGGCGUGUGUGUCUCAGUUUUUGUAUACGUUCCAGGGGCCGUUGAGGAUUGAUCCUUAUGUCGAAGUGGAGCUCGAGGAGGAUCUUGCAUACGGGUCCGACGCUACGCUUUCCAAGAUUGUGCAUCGGUUACUGUUCACCCUUGCACAAGAUCGCAAAAUCACACCCCAAAACUGGAUGGGAUAUCUUCAAGGACAGUAUGCGCGGCGAUACUCUCCCCGUCCAAACCCCUUCUUGCAAGACAUGCUUCCUUCUUCGCAUACUCCUGAUGAGGAAAAAUCCCCCGAAGCAAGCGAGUCAGAAAAUGACAAGAAACAGGCGCUAGAAGAGGAUUUAGGUACCGACCCGCCUGAUGAUUCAGGUAACGAAAAGCCUAAUGGGGCCAGCUCUCCUGGAGGCAACGAUGACUCUGAGAACAAGCCCGACUCCGAAAGCGUGACUCGACAAGAAACCAGCGGUCCACCAGAGGCAAACGAGUCAGCUGCAAAUGGUACCCCAGAUCCUGUACCUGUAGUGAAAGCCCAACCUCUGCGUCAAUGGUCGGAUCUUUCCCAAUCAGAGCAGCUGGAUGUGCUUUGGACGUUGUGCGAGUGGCAAUUCACGGGGGCUAUGCGUUUGAGGACUUUACUUGGUGACGAUGACUCGGGAGUAGGUUGGCGUAUGGAGCCUGUUGGAUGGGAUAGUAAGAAGAAUGCCUACUGGCUGGUUGGGGAAACGCGAUUAUGGAUACAGCAUUAUGUUCCCCAACCACACAAGCCCCCAAAGAAACGAAACCGAGCCCUACAGAAAGUUAUCCUGCCAAUGAAACCAACUAUCUUUUCUCGUGCACCUCCUUCAUUCAGCGACCACGAUGACGAUGACAAAGGACCAAAGGGGGCCCAACCCGAAAACGCGGAUGAAGAGGGAUCAGAAGCCGAGCCUGCGUCGUCUCGAUCUUUAACGCCACCUGCAAUCCAAUCCAAAAGAUCAUCAGCUCGACAAAGUAGGUCGUCCAGUACCACCGGAAAGCGAAGAGCGAAUGAAAAUGGCAACGAGUCGAGGAAACGACCAAAGGUCCCCGGAACCCGAGUUAGUUUGCGUUUGCGUGGGUCCGAUAAGAAGGUUGUAGAUGAAGAUGGGUGGCAAUCUGUUCCAGACGAGUGGCUCGAUAAAGACGACGAGUCAAAACAAUCUCCCAAAGCUGCUGAUCCGUUUGGCUCAGACUCGGACCUGACCGAAGUUGAGGAACUAGAGCGUGAGAUCGAACAGGAACGAAAGAAGCGAGAGGAGUCGGAAGGUGGGCAACGACGGAGCGGAAGGACACGCAGAAAAGGCAAAAGCAAGGGCUCUGAGGUACCCAAGGUACCUGUGCUCGAACCUGAACCUGAGCCCGUGAAAGAGGAGCCUUUAGACCUUGUGGAUAGCAAGGCGAAGCAGCUCCCUGUUCGAUUACAUAUGGCUCCGCUGGUGGAUCCUAUGCUUCCCCCUCCGUUACCUCCCGGGUUUGUCGAAUGGGAGACGGUAUGCGCCUCCUUGCAAGAUUGGGAAGCAUUCCCCGCACGAUUCGAAAAAGCGACCCACCCAAACGAAAAGUCGUUCCGAUCUUACUUGAACAAGAUACUAGUGCCGGCUGUAACUACCAGUUUGAAGGCUCAACUUAAAGUUAAAAAACUGGAGACGGCCGUGCAAAACCGAAAGAGGUCAUCUCGUUUGGCUAUCAAGGAGUCUAUAAUUGAAGCUCAGCGACAGGAAGAAGAAAAAAGGGCUGCUGAGCUUGAGCUUCAUGCACGAGCACGCCGACAGGAAGAGAGACAGAGGCGGCAGGAAGAAGACAUGGUCAAGAGGGAACGAGAAAGAGAGGAAAGAGUUCGCUCGAGGGAGGCUAGAGCUGAAAGGAGGAUUGGAUUAGAUGGAAGCGAGAGUGGAAGCGCAUCACCCGCUCCUACUACCGAAGUUUCGACCGAUCCUCCAGUCAAGAUUCGCCUUCGGACAGGAAGAGUUCCUAGUACGACGCCCACUUCCUCCCCCGUGGAAACCCCCAUUAGUUCUACUCCGCCCUCCGCCCCUGGAUCUGGGACCACCAGUCGGGCUGAUGAAUCUUGGGAGUUACUUUGUGAGGGAUGUGGGAAGCAGGGUUGGAAUACAGAUGAUGGCUCUCAACUCGUCAAAUGUGAAUCGUGUGGACGGUGGUCACACACGACCUGCCAUGAUCGCGCUGACGCGCUCGCGGGCAACCCAAAACGUGAUUGGUCUUCGGUGGAAUUUACUUGCCGAGCGUGCAGCAAUACUGCCCGAAAGGCCGGCGUAAAUGGUGUCACCUCUCUGCCAAAGAUGAGCAAUGGUGCAGUGCCCCCGGCGGUCGCCUACAGCGCCACGCACUCCAACGGAAUCCAAGCCGCUGUGCCACCGGCGCCGUCGGCGCCGAUUCCGGCUGGUUACAUGUACAAUGCUUUUCAGGCCACUUCCAACGGACACAUUCCUGGCCAACCCAUGUACCCACCUCACAUACUGUCUCAGCACGCUUAUGCAUCGCUGGGUCAACCAUGCGCAGCACAACCCACAUCUACUGCGUAUGUGCCGUACGUGCAAGCGCCACCAGCGCCAAUCCCGCAGUUUCAAACCCCGGUUCCGCCCCUGUCUCAGCCGCCUCCAAUGUACCCACAUCCGUACCUCAACAGUCAUUCUCGACCAUGA